AAGGUCGGUUGCCUUAGACUUCAUCUCGGCACAAUCUAAUAAACUCAAGGAGAUCAUGCAGACCAUAAAAUGUGUCGUUGUUGGUGACGGUGCGGUUGGUAAGACCUGUCUACUUAUUUCUUAUACAACCAACAAAUUCCCCUCCGAAUACGUCCCAACUGUGUUCGAUAACUAUGCUGUCACCGUCAUGAUUGGCGAUGAACCUUACACUCUUGGAUUGUUCGAUACCGCAGGUCAAGAGGAUUACGAUCGCCUUCGUCCUCUCUCAUACCCCCAAACCGAUGUAUUUCUUGUCUGCUUCAGCGUUACUUCACCUGCUUCAUUUGAAAACGUGAAAGAGAAGUGGUUCCCAGAAGUUCACCAUCAUUGCCCUGGUGUCCCCUGCCUGAUUGUAGGCACUCAAGUUGAUUUGAGAGAUGACCCCAACAUGCUCCAGAAACUUGCUAGACAGAAGCAAAGACCAAUUGCAUACGAAGCUGGUGAACGAUUGGCUCGUGAACUUGGUGCCGUCAAGUAUGCGGAAUGCAGUGCAUUGACGCAAAAAGGUUUGAAGAAUGUGUUUGAUGAAGCUAUUGUUGCCGCGUUGGAACCUGCACCCAAACCUAAGAAGCGCGGCUGCAUUGUUUUGUAAUUUUAGCCUUCAAUUUCGUGUCCUGUGUCAUUCACCCUACCCAACCCAUUCGCCUUCCUUCUUUUCUGCCAGCCAGCCAAUUCUCUCCUUCCAAACCUUUUUUUAUUACUUUUUUUUUUUUUUUUUUGGCUCAGCCCGGUGAUGACCGGGUCCUUAUAGCUUACCAAGUAUCAUUCUACUUCGCUUUUGAAACAAAGUAAUACACACGCCUUGUACGAGCUCAUGAAUCCACUUUCGCUUUUUAUCACGUUUUCGUUUUUCUUUUUUUUCCCUCAAUUGCAAAUUUUAUUUUUUCUGCUGUGAUUUUCAUGGACCGCGAUGCAAUGGUACCCGAGGCACGCAUGUACGACAAGGACAAGCGCCCUUAACCGUGUUUAGUAAAUGGCUUGUCAACACAACAAGACUCUUGCAUUCAUACGGAUUUGAUCAGCAUUGCACUCAAGCAUUUGCACAAGGUUAUUUUCAAUAUAAGGCAACAUUUAUAUUUCAA